AUGAAAAGCUUUAUUGUUGGAUUUCUGAUCCUGUCAUUUGUUGCUGCAGCAUUUGGCAUGUUUGAAGCUGUUUUAUCGCACAACGAAAUUGUCAUUAAGAACAGCCCAGUUUUUAAUGCUGAUGGUUUAAAAGUCAAAAGAUUUAACAGAACAACUUUUGUGCUUGAUGGAAGCGUUGAAUUGAAUGUUGAGUCAGGGAUUGAUGACUGGGAUGCUCAGUGCUUAGUUUAUAAGAAAAUGGGAAAUGAAUACAAGUUACUUCCAUACAAACUUGGACCAACAAAUGUUUGUAGUAUGCUGAAAGACGAGAAAAUGAUUUAUCCUGAUGUUGUAGCACAUGGCGAAAAUUUCCCAACGCUUGGCACUUGUGACUUUAAAACAGGUACCUUAUUGGUUAAAGAUUAUUUACCUGACUUGAGCAAAGUGCCUCCAGUUUUUGAAAGUGGAGAUUAUCAGUUGGAAUGCAAUGUACUUAAAGGCAGUGAAAUCAUCCAAGGACUUAAAUUUUUUGGACAAAUUUACAAUAUUAAGGAUGCAGGAAAACCUAAAAUGAGCGGGAUUCCAGGCAAGCCUAAGAAGUGA